AUGGCCAGUAUAAGCUUGACGGCCUCUUACCUGACGCCGGAUCCAAGCUUCAAUUGGUUUUUUAUUCUGGAGCUCAUCAUCUCCUUAAUUCUUGCCCUAUUCUUUCUGCUCUAUUUUAACCGGCUGUUCGCGACCCUCCUAUCCUACGCAAUCCGAGCUUACACUUGGCACUACUAUCGCGUUUAUGUCGACAUCAGCGCGCUUCAAGUAUCUUUACUAGGCGGCCGAAUAUUCUUCAAAGGAAUUCGCUAUCAUGGCGCGAACGAGACAAUCUUCAUUCACGGAGGUUUCAUAACAUGGAGGUAUUGGAAGCGCACAGUCGAGCGGACGGAUUUUUCACAUGCCGGGCGCAAGAACAAGGAUCCAAAUGAUGCAAAUCACAAUGGAUCUGUCCCUUGUGAUGGUGCAGGCGCCGCAAGCCGAAACGACAGUCUUGGAGAACAAGGUGGUGUCGAGAAGAAGAUUGCCCUACCAUGCCGGAUCUCAAUCAAUGCCUACGGCUUAGAGUGGUUCAUAUACAACCGGACCCCAGCAUACGACAGCAUCCUUGCCGGCUUCGGAUACAGGGACAGCAGCUUGAGUGAAGAUGAGGAAUCCGUCCAGUCUCCGGCGGAGGGUCAGCCAGAGACCCAAGGGACCGAGAGUACAUUCAACAUCAGGUCUGCAAGUGGAACCAAGUCGACCUUUGAUGACAAGUCUGAGCGCAGCAUGCGUCAGAAACAAACGUUGGGGGGACCCUGGGACACAGACAUUCGCGACUCGGAGCUCUCAGAAUCUGUUUCCCACAUGCUUCAGCUCCUCCCAGUCAAGCUGGACUGCCAAAAGGGCGCUAUCGUCAUUGGCAAUGAAAAUACUCGAUCUGUUCUGACUACGACAUUCGACAGCGCGGCGGGCAAAAUCGCUGCCUGCAAGGCGGGCCCGCUGGACCUGUAUCGGCAGCUUUUUACCUUCAAGUUCAACAAUUCAGUCAUUCAGAUGCGACCAAAUCCCGACUUUAAGCAGAACCAAAUCGCAACUGCGAAAGUGCUUGGUACCGUGGAAGAGGAGGAACGCUCUUCCGAGCGUAAGCGGACGAAUCCCUUCAACUACCGCUUCCAUAAACGCAAAAUGUGGCAUAGCAUUCGUGAUUUGGUUCCGUAUUUUCAGACGUCAGUGGAAUCGUUCCACGCCAGGAUCAGGCAGAAUGAUAGUAUGCCAAGGAGUCAAGCCGAGUUCCCGGAUGUUCGAUGGGCCGGCCUUUCUCGAUACCUGGAUGAGGAAAAUGACGACGACCACGAAAAGUGGAAUUCGGUCGAGUAUGGGCGAUUCUCUACUAUCCUUGAAAGUCCUGCCUUGGAUUUGACGUAUUUCUGGGAUAUUCCCGGGCGCGUCGGCCCCGAGCCCGUGGCAUCUGCUCGCUCAGACCAACAUUCAGCCACAAAUAUCAAUCACGAUCUUCCACCCGAAUGGGGAAUUGACCUGAAGAUUGACGGAGGCACGAUUAAUUAUGGUCCUUGGGCGGACAGGGAGCGCGUCGGUUUACAGAACGUUUUUUUCCCGAACUUCUAUCGAAGCUCUCAACCCGCUGAGCAGUUAGCACCAGGGGUCUUGCGUCAAAGCACACUCUUCAAGUUGCGAGUGGAAAUUAACGAAGAACUCACCCUCCGCAUUCCGACCCGCGAGCCAUCCAAGGAUUGGAUGUGGAAGGGCCGCGCCGAUGCCAUUCGAGGGGCCUCGAAGGCCAAGAAGCAAAAUAAGAGAAGAAAUUCUCGGCCAAAGGAGGGCGAAAAAGGGCACAUUGGCCCUGAAAUACGUCCGUUCGGGUGGCUUUCUCUUCGUGUUGGCUCUGAUUCCACUAUCAAUUAUGGCAUGGAUAUGGUCGCAUCAAGCCAGGGUUUCCGGAACGAUCUUUUGCUGGAUCUCCGAGAAUCGAAAAUGUCUUCUAGUGUGAAUCAUGGAUUAUUAUGGCAAUGCCCUCGACAGCUGGUCACUUGUGACCUGUCCAACCCCCUCAGCUGGAACAGUCUUCGCUCAUGGCGAUUUAAUGUCGAAAGCCGGGAUCUGGAGCUGUUCAUCCUGCGAGACCAUAUCUUUCUUCUGACUGACCUCGUCAGCGAUUGGGCAUCGGGCCCUCCGUCGGAUUACCAUACGUUCAUUCCGUUCAUUUAUAACAUUGAUCUUGUUUUCUUGAACCUUCAACUGUUCGUGAAUGUCAACGACCGUAACAUUAUCAGCAACCCUUCUGACUUGGAGGACAAUCGAUUCAUUGUCAUCAAGGGCAAGCAGCUGACGUCCAAUGUGACGAUACCCUUGAACAGGUACCAGCCCGAGCAAAAUGCAGUCGAAUUCAGGGUUAAUCUCGAAGACGGAGAGGUGGACUACCUAACACCUUUGUGGGAUACGUUACACGCUUUUCUUCCGGAAAAGUCCAUGGCCACACUGGAUAGCCUUUUCAUCGAUGGAUCCUACAACUACUUUUCUGCCACAUCGUCGGAGCUGAUCGACACUUUAAUUCUCAAUAUAGACGGAGCCUCGCCACGGCUGUACCUCUAUGGAUUCUUGAUCAAGAGCUUCAUGACCGUUCGAGAAAACUACUUUGGCGAUGAGAUGCAUUUCAAAACACUGGAGGAGUACCAGGAGCUGGCCUAUGCCGAUGAGCAACCUUCAAAUCCCACUGGGAUCAACCCUAAUCGGAAGUCAAAUGAUAUGGAUGUUUUGGUGCAUGUCACCGUUGACAGCCCCUGUGCGCUGCUGCCCGAAAGCAUAUAUGAUCUAUCCAGGUGCUCAAGGCUUUGUGCUGCAUCCCUUGAGGUCGACCUGCGGUUUACAAAUUACUACAUGGACAUGCAGCUUUCGAUCAGUCCAGUCAAGCUGGAUUUGCAAUCCCUUCAGUCGAAUGGCUCUUCUGUUAUAUCUGGCACCCAGCUGUUCAUUGACGGCAUUUCAGCAUAUGGUCACCGAUUGUUUGGACUGCCCCCCGCGGAGCCAACCUAUGUCUGCAACUGGGACUUUGAUGUUGGAAAAGUCUUAGGUGAAUGUUCCACAGAUUUCAUCGCGUGCCUGGUUUCUGGUCUGAAAAGCUUCGAUUUUUCUUUUGACAAUGAGGAGAAUACAUUGCACCCACUCUUCCCACCGGUUCUUUUCGAUGUCACCUUUUUGAGAGCCAACAUCGCGUCGAUCCAUAUCUCCGUGCUCCUUGAACAAGUAGCCGUCAUUUUGACUUCUCAACCCCUGUGCAUCAAAUUUAAUGAUUGGGCAAACUCGAAAUUUUCAAAACGGAUGAGCUUUGUAGCUCCCGGCAUUACUAUCGCUGCGGUGGAUCGUCAAUCGGUCUCUCAGUCUCUCCAAACAUCUGAAAAAACAAUUUCCCCCCUGGGUCUCGUUGAAUUGGCUAUUGGACUUAAGAUGGCCAUUCGCAAACAAGAUAUUACAGAUAGUCGACGCUUGCAGCAGGAACAUAUCAAGGUUCAUGACCAACGAACCCACCGAGCACAAUGGCUACUUUUUGACUGGGAGGAGAUUGCUCCGACUUCGUCACUUCCACACGGUGAUGAAACGGUGUUGCCCCCAACAAUGCCGAUACCUUCAAUGCCAGAGCCGAUCCACGAGAAGAACGUCUCAAUAGGCACGUCAUAUCGAGGAUUCUCGGGGAUGCACAGAGACGGAAGCUCCAAAAGCUUCCUGGUGCAUUCCGAGACAUCAAGCCUCCGAAAUAGCAAAGCUUCCGUCAAAAAUGCGUCUCGUUCUUCAUCCAGAUCGGAGUCCAGGCGAAGACCUGCUCCACCUCCCCGGGAUGCAAGCUGGUCUACUGCCCGAUUAAAAAGAGCCAACCAGAGCCAAUACCCUACAGCGGCCAUCAGAGAUGCUAAUCCUUGGAUCCUGCCUCAGUUUUCCUACUGUAAGCUUUAUUUAGAUACGUCUGAGCUUCCGUCGACGAUAAGCAAUAAGACUGCCCAGGGAGGAGAUGGCGGCGCCGAGACAAACAACAAAUCAAUGUUUUUGACAUUUGAAGACGACCAAACGACAUAUACCAAUCUUGCUGUUGAUCUUCCCUUAGGUAUCAGAGGUUUCUGCACUCCAAGGUUUCUUCAUGGGUUGGCCUCAUUGAUUGAAGAGCUCGAGCCGAAACAUCCAAUCCAGAUUAUUGAUUCCCUUCAAAAGGAUGUGAUUUCCGACAUUGUUGGCUAUGACAAGGCGAUGAGCCAGCCAAAGAAAUCGACUGCGAUUGCCGUUCGAAUCCCAACCAUUCAACUGCGACUUGUUGAUGUAUCAGGAUCCCCGGACAAUAGAGAAAUUGAGUUCCGGGAUGAGUACACUAUCACAGUCCAUAAUCUCUGCACUGAGUUUCAAAGAAGGGUUGAGAGACAUAAGGGCGAUCUCCUGGAAGGCCUCAAACAAGGCAUUACUGUUCAUGCGGCUGCCGACCAUGUCUCGAUUUCGGUCGAGGGUAGCCGAACAGAUGCUUUUCAAGAAAAGGCCAUUUUCAAUUGCGACCUAGAAGACAUGAACUUCUGGCUGGUAACCGCGCCAAAUAUUCGUUCUCAUCUCCAGAUGCGACUCUUCAACACAGUCACCUCUGCAAAGUCUGUCGAACGUCUGGCCUUCCUAGUCCGCCGAGCUACAACCAUGUUUGACUCUGUGGCAUCGGCCUUCCAGCGUACCCCAGCUUCUAGCAAGCAGCGCCUGCAGUUUCUCAUCUACUUUGUAACACAUUCAGCUGGCGAUAUGGCGGAUCCCAUUUUCUUGGCGCGCAUCUCCAACGUUCUUCGUGUUGCAGCAACUCACUUGCGACAGCACGACUCAUGGAAGAUCAUCUCCAGGAUUCGCAAUAUCUACAAGAAUCUACCCGUGCACUAUCAGCGAGAGCUAGAACGAAAGUGCCAAAGCGACAGGCCACCUUUACCAUCUAAUGCCAAGUCAAUGGUGUUGACUAGGUUUGACCAAUGGCGAGCCUGGGACCUUGCCCAUGUCGAAAAGAGUUAUGUUAUGCGGAGACUUUGGUCAAAUCCCGAACCGCAACCGGUCAAACCAGAGCCAUCGGUGUCCUUGUCAUGUACCGUGAGAACGCUCCGAUUUUCUUUGGAUCCUGGUCCGAGAGAAAGCAAUUUCAUCGUGGAGAAUCUAUCGACUGUUGCCUCGCUUAUUCUAAACAAGGCAACGCAAGGAGACAAAAUAACGCAGAAGAAGGUUGCCACGUUGCAAUUGUACUCCUCUUCCGUUGCUCUCCGCUUGAGAUGGGAAAUUGUGGACCUCGUCGAGGGGGUGAUAAAGGUCAUGUCAACUGUCACCUUGGUGUCGUCACCUGCGCAACCGGUCGCGAGUCCUGGAGAGAAGACACCAACUGAAAUACAAAUUGUCUUUGGCACAGACUUCGGAUCAGUCAAUCUCGAUGCCAUUAAUUUGAAAAUGUCUUUGGCUUCUAAAGCUCUUCGGGGAUCUAUUGUUCACAGCUCACAGAGCACCAAAACGACACGAAACGGAGACCUGGCUGUGUUAUUCAGUGCUGAAGCUUGCUUCUCGGAGCUCCUCAGUCAAUCUAGAACUUUAAUGGUGUCGAAGAUUGCCGACCCGUACUUGUAUUUCUCGCUCAUUACUGAUGAGAAUGAGCUGAAGUGCAAGCACGACUGGAAGGUUGCUGGCUCGUGCAGGAAGCUUCGAUAUGACAUGAAGGAGGACCCAGUUGGCAUGGCGCACACUGCUGAUCGCCUAAUAGAAGACGAAAUUCGGUACAUUCGACAGCUUGUGGAAAAUGUUAAACUUCCAAAGUCCAAGCCGGAACAGGCCCCAGUGUCGAACAAACCUAUUCUCAACAAUGUCCAUGUGGCAAUGUUCCUGGAUGAUUAUCGGUUGACCUUCAGCCUUCUACCAUCCUUGACGUAUUCGGUUUCUGGCGAAGUCGCCCGCAUGUCGGUGAUGCCGACGGAAACGUCGAGGAUUGAAGUGGAUUUCGACGUCAAGAAGAAUUCGCACAUCUUUACGUCUGGCGAAGGCGACAGAUCUCGUACUUUGUCGAUACUGGAAAUCCCUCCUGCCAAUGGCCGAAUUCUUGCCAACCUGUUCUCGGCGCGGAAAGAAUUGGAGGUUGAUAUGACAAUCGAGCUGAUUCGCCUGGAGGCCAGUGCUGUGCGCAGCCUUCUUGGUGUUUUGACCGGACCUGAUGUUUCCCAUCUCAUCUCUGAUCUCAAGCAAAGCGCGGACGUGCUCCAGUCUCAUCUUGGGGACGUGCUUUCCUUACAGAAGCCAAAACCAGAGCCCAAGUCAGCGUCGGAGGAUUCCGCGAUUCUGUAUAAAUCUCGACUCACCAUGGCUGGUUUUGAAAUACACGCCAUCGCACCUGGCCUCAAUAGCAAGAACUACUCUGCAGAGAUGAUCUUCAGUCUUGGAAUGAUGCAGAUGCGACUUCAGAACGGCCUGGACCGCGGCUAUUCCAUGCAGUAUCCCGAAUUCAGCAUUGAUGCUUCCCAAAUCAACUUCGAGUUGCGCAGACAAGAAAAGUCAACGAGCAAUCCAUACGGUUGCUUCUCAGCUGGCAUCAAACUCCAGGGAACUUCCACGGUUCGCGAAAAUGGGGAAGUCAUACGAGCGUAUCACCUCACCAGCGACAAAUUCGACAUUGAGCUGUUUGCUGAGACGGCUGCGCUGGUAGUUGACAUUGCCAUCUACACCCAAGAACGGAUCAAGACGCUGGAUCUAUCCCAUGAAGUGAAACGUCUUCGCAGGCUCGGACAUCGCAACCAGCACGAAGCACCAAGAACUCCAUUAGAGGCGCCUGAGAUUCAUGUAAAUGAUAAUGACCCACCGCAAGUCUUUCUGAAUGCAUUGUACUCGUUGCAGUUCCGAGACAUCCAGGUUGCAUGGAAUAUGUUGACUCCAUUAUCUGGUGGUUCUGGCGGCCGCCAACCCGAGGAUUUGGUAUUCUCCAUCCAGCAGGUUGAGCUCUCCAACAAAAAGAAGAAUGCGGCCAAGCUUCGGAUUGAGAAUAUGCAGCUUCAGAUGGUGCCAUUCCGCGCAGACAGGAGAAAGCGUUCACUCAACUCAGCUCUGAUGCCUGAGCUGGCCUUCAAUGUGGCUUACUACUCCAGCGAAAAGGAAAUGUGGUUUGCUUUCCAGGCUGCAGGAAAAUCGCUCGAUAUCCGUGCGGUAUCAGAAUUCAUCAUUCCCGCCAAUAUGAUACGGAAUUCUAUCGCAUCUUCCACUGAGGCUUUGCGAGAGGGCAAGGCUGCCUGGGCCACUGCCCCAUCCCCAGACAACGGCAACAAGGACCGCAGUCUAUUUGGUAACAGACGCGUCCGAUCGGUCCUUGUUGAUGUUGACUUUGCUGGUGCCACAGUCUCCCUACAAGGGAAGCAGAGCCAUGAUUACCAGACCUUGUUGACGGCCACCCUGAAGGGCAGUCGGCUCUCAGAAGCAAAGUACGGUCAAUAUGUGCAAGGAGACUCGGCGACCACGGCUACUCUCCAGGCACCAGGCGUGGCCCUGAAAGUUCAGUUCGAAGACAAUGGCACUGAUGACCCGGCACUUAAUGCAGAGCUGAAGGUUGACCCGUCGAGCAAUGUCCUGUAUCCAACCCUGGUUCCUCUGGUCAAGCAGAUGACCGCUACAGUCAAGGAGAUCAUGGGUGAACAACAGCAGGGCCAACAAAGUUGUCCGCGAAGACCAUCCAUGUCGACAAAGUUGCAACCGCAGAAGUUGAUGCAUGAGACUCCCUUUGGCGCACCAGACCCAAACUCCAUUCUGGGACGCUGCAAGGUGAACCUUGGAUUGCUAUUCUGUAAACAGGAAUUCAGUUUGAGCUGUCAGCCAAUCGCCAGGGUAGCUGCUACUGCGCAGUUUGAGAGUGUCUACGUGACUGUCAAUACAGUACAGUCGACUGAGCAGGGUCGCUUCCUUGCUUUGUCUUUAGCAUUCAACAGCCUGGAGGCCUCGGUGAAGCAUGUUUACUCCAAUGAGUCUACUGCAAGCUUUGAAGUUCCGUCCAUGGUUCUCUCUCUCAUGAACAGCAAACAUCUCGGCCGAACGAGUGGAAUGUCGGCAAUCCUGCGAGUGAGCCCCAUGAAGGUCUCGUUGAAUGCCAAGCAAGUCCAAGAUUCUCUAUUAUUCCAAGAGAUCUGGCUUCCAUCGGAUGAUGAUGAACCCGGUUCCAACUCGCCCCCUCCGCCGUCGGAACAGCCUGAAGCCCAAACCUACAUUGUACAGCGAUACCAGCAGGUCGCGUCCGCUUCGGCUUUCCCUUGGAAUACUACCAUUGCCGUGGAGAAACUGGAGAUUCAACUUGACUUGGGGUCAACGCUAGGCAAAGCACAAUUUAAGAUUGAUAAUGCCUGGGUGUCUUCGAACAAGACCUCUGAUCGUGAGCAGAGUAUGUGUAUUAAUUUCGACUCUGUUGGCAUCGAGUGCAAGGGUCGCCUGGCUGGUAUUGUCGAGCUACGCUCAUUCAAGGUCCGCACCUCUAUCACCUGGCCCGAGGAGAUGGCCGGGCAUACGCCACUCAUCCAAGCCUCGAUCGCCUUCCCCCAUCUGCAGGCCAAGGUAUCUUUCGACUACCAGCCAUUUUUGGUCGCCCAUAUUGCCCAGUUCGAUUUCCUGAUGUAUAAUGUCCGCGAAGCCUCCGGCCAGGGAAGCGAGCGACUGUUCAGUAUCCUGGAAGGGGAUGAGGUCCAAGUGUUCUGCACAUCCCUGAGCGCGUCUCAGACCCUGGCGCUCUUCCAAGCAUGGCAGCGCUUGGUGCAAGACAAGCAAUCGGCAUACGAGGCAGCUUUGCGGGAGGUGGAGCGGUAUCUUCGGCGCAAAUCCUCUGUGUUUCCCGAUCGGAUCGAGGCCCGGAGCAAGGAAUUGACCAAAAAGGACGAGGAGCCGGAACGAGCACCUGGUUCCCUUCACACAGGCGUAGUCGUUCACGUCCGGCAUGUCAACCUCGGUGUGUUCCCCAGCUCAUUCUUCGACAACCAAAUCUUCAAGGUCGAGGCCCAUGAUGCCCAGGCCCGGUUUAACGUUUCGCUCGAAUCCAACAAGAUCCAUAGCGCCUUGGGUCUGACGUUGGGCCAGCUUCGUGUGGCACUCUCCGGCAUCAACCGCCCUGCCUCAGCCCACCUGGACGAGCUGUCGGUGGACGAGAUUGCCAAGCGCGCCUCUGGCUCCCGUGGCGGAACGAUCCUCAAGGUGCCGCGACUGGUGGCCGGCAUGGAAACUUGGCAGGUGCCCGGGACGCGACAAAUCGACUACAUCUUCCACAGCACGUUCGAGGGCAAGGUCGAUGUGGGGUGGAACUACUCGCGCAUCAGUUUCAUCCGCGACAUGUGGGAGACGCACUCGCGGGCGCUAGCCUCCCGACUCGGCAAGCCUUUGCCCCCGUCGGCCGUUCGCAUAACCGGUGGGCCCGGGAGGAGCGGCGGGGGCGAGGAAGGCGGCGGCGCGGGCCCUGAGCAGGAGAAAAUCACGGCGGUGGUGAAUGUGCCACAGAGCAAGUACACCUACACUGCAUUGAAGCCGCCGGUCAUUGAAACUCCACAGCUGCGGGACAUGGGUGAGGCAACACCGCCGCUGGAGUGGAUUGGGUUGCAGCGUGAUAAGCUGCCCAAUAUCACCCAUCAAAUCAUCAUUGUGACCCUGUUGGAGAUUGCGAAGGAGGUGGAGGAUGCGUAUGGGACAAUCCUGGGGGCAUAG